AUGACCGCAGACGUGUCAUCCGUCCCGAUCACGACCGUUUGGGGUCACUCACACCCGCACGAGGUAGGCGGCGCGCAGCGCCGCUCUCGCAGGCUGUUUGUGACUAGAUCAAAAACGCUCGGCCCCGACGGCCGUUCAAUCACGACCUACGUCGUCCUGCUGUACAAUGCGAUCGAGGAGCGAAGCCUGGUCGCGGCUACCCCUGCGGUGCCUCUUGAUGCGGGUGUGGAGAAGAGAAAGGUCAGCCACCGAGGGCGGGGUUCUUCAGAGUUUACUCCGCUGCCGCUGCCCGACCGCUCGGAGGACGACAGCGCGUUAUUGCCUGAAGAGCUUGCCAUGAUUCGGAAGUGCAACCAGAAGAUGGAGGCGCUGAAGGCCAAGCUUCAACACUCUCCUCGGCAGCCAUGCCAGCGCUAG